AUGACUCACUUCUCUGCAGCCGGCGUGUGCGUCACUGGCGCACGGCUGGAGGAGGAGAUAGUGGAGAGUCCCCUCGAACAGCAGUUUUCCUGUGAGUGCCGCAAGCCACACUCGGCAGACAAUAGCUGCAAUCAGCCGCCCUUUCGUGAGCCGCAGGCUCCGAUCUGGUUUCCUCCACACAAAGACGAGAGCAAUUUAGGCAAACAACAGCAUUCCAAGGAAAGCAUUCCGAGGCUGCAUGCGGCGACGGAGAUAUAUCGUAUCGUGGUUGGCGCAGGGGCAGCGGGACUGUGUGCAGCUCGUCACAUCCUGUCUCGCGCUCCAUCGUUCGAGCCACCCGUGCUGUUCGAGCAGAGCGCGCGCCUGGGAGGCACGUGGUACUACGAGGAGCGCGUGGGCAUUUCUGACAACGACCUCCCGAUCCACUGCAGCAUGUACACAGACCUCAUAACCAACCCACCUAAAGAGAUUAUGAUGUUUCCUGAUUUUCCCUUUGACUCCGACUUGCCCUCUUUUCUGACCCACUGGGAUGUAGUACAGCAGUAUUUAGAGGCAUACUGCAAGAUGCAUGACAUCACACCACACAUUAAGUUCAACACUAUGGUGGAAGAGGUGAAACCCAUCUCCAUGGAGACAGAUGAAGGGGGGGGGGGUGUGAGGUGGGAGGUAGUUUCGCGUGGCACGCACGGAGGACAUAGCACACAGACAUUCGACUCUGUGUUCAUCUGCAGUGGUCAUUUCUCUGAGCCCCAUUUGCCCUCCAUUCCUGGAAUAGAGCAUUUUAAAGGUACAGUGAUGCACAGCAACUCUUGUCGCUACCCAGAGCCUGUUGCGGUCUUGGGUGCUGGAUCAUCUGGGGUUGACAUCUCGCUUGAGCUGGCUCAAGUUAAAGCCCAGGUGAUUUUGAGCCAUAAUAAGGCGCCUUUGCCCCUGGAAAUCCAGCAGGAACCUCCUGUAGUGAAGGUGCUGGAUGAUGGCUUUCUCCUCUUCCAGGAUGGUUCAGUGGCCCACGCUCAAGUUCUUCUGCUUUGCACUGGAUACAGUUACCAUUUUCCAUUCCUUUGCCUGGAAGAGCUUGGCCUGGAGGUGCAGCACCACCUAGUGGCUUUUCUUCACAUGUAUCUGAUGCUUCCAGAGUUUCCCCUCACCAUUUUUUACUUCUAUUAUAACCUAAGCAUCUUUUAAUCAUAUAAUAAUCAGAUCCAGUUAGCACUUGCAGUGCUUGACGGCAAUGUGCAGUUGCCCUCGUGAGAGUUGAUGGAAGAGGAUGUAGAAAGAGAGAAGCAAAGAAAGACAAAGAUGGGUAUUCAGGUGAAACAUUUCCUAAAAAUGGACUUUGAUCAGUGGAAUUACUAUGUAAGUCUGGCAAAAGCAGCAGGGUUACCACCUCCGAAUCAAAAUAUAAACUUUAUAACUUUAUAAAAAUGUACUUUAUAUGAGAAAUUAUGGAGACAACGGCAGGCAAACAUUAAAACCUACAGAGACAUGAACUACAGUCUGGUUAAUGGCAAUGAGUGUCAGGUUCUCAAUCCACCAUCUAAAUAA